AUGGGAACUCGCAAUACCAGAAGCCCUCCUCUUAACUCUGGACGUGGGGGUCUCCCGAUGGAGGGUAUCAUAAUGAAAUUGACCAUAUCAUCGUCAGUAAAAGGAAGAUUCCGCAGUGGACAACAUCGACGAGGAAUAUGCCCGCUCGUUGGACACCUUCACAACUGCACGAGGGAGCCCGAGAGCUUUAAAACCACGGAGAGACGUCUGAUUCUUAAAACUCUUAAACUAAUACGCCAGCGUGGGGCAUCACUUGCCGCAGGUAACCAAGAACUCACGUACGAGCUCGCAAGAGGCGGGAAAAAGCAUCCGCUAUGCCCGUCGAGACUUCGCCAGUCGCAAGACGAGGAUGACUGCUCUCCGGAACCCAAAGGGAACAGCUAUUGCAUCGAGAAGGAGAAAAUCAUCUACCACUUCUACUCUGAUCCUUUCAACAACCAUGUCCACUUGCCUCCUCACCAUCUGAGGGAAGACCGACAUGUCAUUGCAAAGGUUCUUCCGUCCGAAGUACGACAUGCUAUCAUGUCGGUAGGAAAUCGUACCGCACCCGAUCCCGACAGAAUAGGACCAGAACACCUGAAUAGCCUUCCGCCAGUACUCAUCAACACCCUGGCGAGGCUCUUUACAUGUUACCUGUCGGAAUGCAAGGUUUCUAAACAGUGGAAGACCAGCAAGACCGUGUUUUUGUAUAAAAAGGGAGAGGCACAUGACAUCGAAGUAUCUCGAGAGUACAAUGUGCCGCUCUGUCUCACCUUCAUCGACUUGAAGAAGGCCUUCGACUCAGUUGAGACGGAAGCGGUCGUGGAAGCCUUGGACAACCAAGGCGUCCCUACUCAGUACAUAAAGGUACUUCGAGAAUUGUACACCACACUCGAGAAAGCAAUGCGAAAGUUGGAAUGGGACGACAUGGGAGUGAAGGUUGAUGGUCGGCAGCUACACCAUUUGCGCUUUGCUGAUGACAUCGUACUGAUAACAAUUUGUAUCAAACAAGCGGAACGAAUGCUGACUGAAUUCGACGAAGCAUGCGGAUGCAUCGUUCUUCGGCUGAAUCUGCAAAAGAACAUGUUCAUGCGGAACGGAUGGGUCUCGGAUGCCCCAUUCACGCUCAACGGAACGAACAUAUGGGAGUGCACCAGCUACGUUUAUCAGGGUCGGGGAUUGAACAUGAUGAACGACCUGACCCCCGAGCUGGGCAGGAGGACACAAGCAGCUUGGAAAGCGUAUAAGAGCAUCGAGGAUGUAGUGAAGAAGACCAGAAACAUCCGACUCAGUGCUCACCUCUUCAACACCACCGUACUUCCUGCUUCGACCUAUGCUUCGGAAGCCCCGGCAGAAAGAAAUCGCGGUAAGCGUCAUUGA